UUUCUGCACAAAGAACUGAAAGGCAUUUAUUCCCAAGAGAAGCAGCUAUUCUAGAGUUUACUGAGAAGUCAACUAACAUUUUUCAACAUUCCCUUCUGUUCUUUGUUUUUAAAGAAAGCUCUGAUUUUGUUUCACUUUCAGCUGGAGACUUAAAUGACACCAAGCAAAGCCUACUUAGUUUAGAUUUCCAGAAAUUGGUUGGUGGAAAAAAAAUCAAACAUGAAAUUUGCAGUUUUGUUUUGUUUUAUUCUGUUUAUCGUUUUUCAAACUGAUUGUGCACAAAAUGAGCAAAGUUCUAGGAAGCAAAAGAGGAAGAUGAGUCAGAGAAGACCAAGGAAAAGCUCCUCAUCCAACAACAGAUCAAGCAGGCAGUUUGGGAUUCAGCAAUCAACUGUCACACCAGAAGCAAGGUUGCCCAUCGUGGACUCUGAUUACAGUGUGGAGGAAAAGUUUGAAUCCUUUCUAAGUUUUCAUGGAGUAGAAUCAAGUUAUAAUGUGUUACCAGGAAAGAGAGGACACUGCUUGGUAAAGGGCAUGACCAUGUACAACAAAGCCGUCUGGUCUCCAGAGCCCUGCACCACCUGCCUCUGCUCAGAUGGAAAAGUGCUUUGUGACAAAACUGUGUGCCACUCCCAGACGUGUCCCUAUACCAUUACAUUGGAAGGAGAAUGCUGCCCUGUCUGCUCUGAUAAUGCCAUGUAUUCUCUACUCAGUGGUAGAACACUAAAUGAUAGAACUGAAUUUUCUGGUGAUUCUUCAGAACAAAGAGAACCCACCAAUAUACUUCAUAAGCAAGUGCCACAUCCUCAAGUGGAAAUGGACCAAGUAUUCAGAAAAGUAGCACUUCAAUCUGAGGAGGAGGAUGAAGAAGAAAUGAAAGAUAAGGAGCACAAGAGAGAGACUCCUGGACGUAACAAACUUCACAGGGAGGGGGAAAGCAGAGCAGAGAGAAAGCUGAGGCCUGGGGAGGAAGAGAGGUCAGCACAUCAACCACUGUACCAUGGAAGAGGGGAGGAAAAUGACAAGGAGAAUGAGAAGGAUGCCAAGGAGGAAGAGGAAGAGGAGGAGGAUGCCAUGAGAGGAGAUAUAUUCCGAAUGCCUUCUGGGUUCCCCAUCCCCACUCCCUCAAGAGGCAGGCCGCGCCUUCCUAGCAGCUGUUCCCUGUCCUAUAGGACCAUCAGCUGCAUCUAUGCAGGCCUCACCCAGAUCCCACCAAUGACAGCACCAGAUGUAAUAAGCCUGGACCUGAUUGGGAAUUCCAUCAUGUCCAUUCCGGAGGAAACAUUUAAUGGAUUACCAAAUUUGGAAAGGCUUGAUCUGAGCAAAAAUAAUAUCACUUCUUCAGGCAUAGGCCCAGAAGCAUUCAAGUUUCUGAAGAAGUUAAUGCGUCUGAACAUGGAUGGAAAUAAUUUGGCACACAUUCCUUCAGAAUUACCAUCUACAUUAGAAGAACUUAAAAUAAAUGACAACAAUCUUCAGGCUAUCGAAGAAGAAAGUUUAUCAGAUUUAAACCAACUGGUCACCUUAGAAUUGGAAGGAAACAAUCUCAGUGAAAUCAAUGUCAGUCCUUUAGCUUUCAAACAUUUGAAGAACCUAUUAUACCUACGGCUGGGAAAAAAUAAAUUCAGAAUCAUACCACAGGGUCUUCCUGCUUCUAUUGAGGAAUUAUACCUAGAAAAUAACCAAAUUGAAGAAAUAACUGAAAAUUGUUUUAAUCAUACCAGAAAGAUCAAUAUGAUUGUCCUACGCUAUAAUAAAAUAGAAGAAAGCCGGAUUGCUCCUUUAGCAUGGAUAAAUCAAGAAAACCUUGAAUCCAUUGACCUCUCCUAUAACAAGCUCUACCAAGUGCCCUCCUACCUACCAAAGUCUUUGCUGCACCUCGUACUAAUGGGGAACCAAAUUGAACGGAUCCCUGGAUAUGUGUUUGGCCAUAUGGAGCCAGGCCUGGAAUACCUGUACCUGUCAUUUAACAGACUUGCUGAUGACGGUGUGGACCGUGUCUCAUUCUAUGGGGCAUAUCAUUCUCUGAGAGAGUUAUUUCUGGAUCACAAUGACUUAAAAUCUAUACCACCUGGAAUACCAGAAAUGAAAGCACUAUAUUUUCUGAGGCUGAACAACAAUAAGAUCAGGAAUAUUCUACCAGAACAAAUUUGCAAUGUUGAAGAGGAUGAGGAUUCAACUCUAGAACAUCUUCACCUUGAAAACAAUUAUAUCAAAACUAGAGAAAUAUCAUCCUAUGCAUUUUCAUGCAUAAGACUGUAUUCAAGUAUUGUUCUUAAACCACAAAACAUCAAGUAAUUUCAACUUUUCCUUUGCCAUUUAUAAUUUUUUUCACAUUUAUAGUAGAAUUUGUCAUCACUUAGAGACAUAAUGCUUGUUCUAUAUUCUAUAAUAUGCUAAGUCACUCUGAUUUCCCUACCCACAAAUGAACAGCCAGAAAUUUGCAUAAUGGGUAUAGUCUACUAGGGGCUUCAGUGAUGGUAAAAUCCACUCAGCUGACCACCCCUAAAAAGAAGCUGUCUCACUAAAGAGGAUGCAGACCAGGAGAAUCUUUUAUACAGUAAGUAUGUCUUUUGCAGUUGGUCUGACUGCUAUUAUCUGAGAAGGCCCCAAGUCCCUUUAAAAAUUGUGUUAUAGUUAAGAAUAAGGAGCAUACCAACAGGAAAAAAUAAGGUAGAACUUAUGAAUCAUAGCCCAGCAUUGGUUAGCUUUAGUUCUUCCAUUAGUUACAUGGUAAAGUUUAAAAAAA